CAGAAACAUGGCGCUGCCCUUACUCCGGUGGAGCUGUAGAAGGCCCUCAGUGGGUUUAAGCGCUUAUCUCAGAUUUAACAAACUAUCCAAAAUACGAAAUCACUCUUUGGUUAAAAACCAGGCGUCUUUAGGAUGUGUCGUGUCCGGAGUGCGGUUCUGCAGCUCGGACGGAGACGGACACAGACACACGCGGAAGGUUGUGGUGCUCGGCAUCCCCAACCCGUUCAUCUGGUUCCGGACCAAAUUCUCCUUCUUCCUUAUUCGCGCUUACUUCGACAAAGACUUCAGCAUCGAGGAGUUCACUGACGGAGCCAAACAGGCAUUUGCACAUGUAUCACGACUGCUGUCUCAAUGUCAGUUCAAAGAACUUGAAGGACUCGUCACUAAAGAUGUAAUUGGCAAACUGGAGGAGAAAUGUGCUGAUCUUCCGCUGAGCUAUAAAAGAGCACUUUUGGCUGAUCCAGAUGACAUCAUGUACACAACGCCAGCAGAUGUGGGCUUUUGCUACGAAGACGAUGGGAGAAAGUUUGUCAGUAUUUUGAUGCGCUUUUGGUACUUAACCAGUGCUCAGCUCCCGGAGGAGACAAUGGAGGGCGUGCGCCUCUUUCAGGUGGCCCUUGGAAAAAAUGGAGAGAAGCCCACGAGCAAGAGACUGCUCUCUGCCAAUUACGAAUUUCAGAGGGAGUUUACACAAGGAGUGACACCAGACUGGACCAUCACUAGAAUAGAGCACUCAAAGCUGCUGGAUUAAAAUUAUCAACUCCCUGUUUAACGACAUCUGACUUUAAUAUCAUACUGUACUGUGAAUAAGCCAUGUUUGUUGUCUAUGAAAUGAAACUUGACAUGUGGACACUAUUCACACUCUGUAAGAGCGAUCAGAGUAGAAGUAGACUUUAGCAAAUCUCUAAAAGUUCUUAUGUCACUUUGGACCUGUACAAAUCUGGAUGGAUAUUCACAAGACCUUCAAUGUUAAGAGAAAGUUUUAAGUUUUAAGCUUUUAGUUCCUGUAAGUCUUUGUAUUAUCUCUUCAUGUGUUGAUGUUUGUUACUUCUUUCUAAAACUCAGUGUUCGAGUAUAUAACACUUACUAAAAUAUUAAAAUAUUUGUAACUAUAUUGCAGAUUAUUAUUUGAUAUGGAUUUAUGCUUGUGUGCUGCAUCUCUGAAUUUAAUUUGUACCUUUUCUACUAAUAGAUGGGUAAAUUCAAUAAAGCAACCAAGAAAUCUUGUACACACGUUGAGGAAUCCAAUUUAGGAACAUGCUUAUGACAAUGCAGCAGGCUUAUAGAGGACGUAAGGUGUUAAGGGUGGAGUGGAAGAACUUGUGUGACCGUGAAUGAACUCAACUCAGUGUGGUCACAACAUAGUAUCUCGUUCCCAUGCCUU